AUGGCCGCAUCAGAUUUAGUAGAUAAAAAGGACCAAGAAGGUUUCACGCCACUUCAUCUUGCCGUCAUUGCGGGAAAUUUACCGCUGGUGACGUUUCUACUUGCAAAUCAAGCUGACGUUAAUGCAGUGGAUAAUGAAAAACAUACGGUCGUUCACUGGGCAUCAGUUUGUGGGGAGACUGCUGCUUUGAGAGCCGUAUUAGAAGCCGGUGCACCCAUUUCCACACCAGACAUACAUGGCGGCUAUCCACUUCACUACGCAGCUCAAAUGUGUGGUGACGAGAAGAAUUCAGCAUUAGGUUUAGAGGUUCUAAAUACAUUACUAUCGCAGAAAAACGUGGAUGUAUCUGUAGAAGAUAAUGAGAAGAGGCAACCACUGCUGUGGGCUGCAAGUGCCGGCUCUUCUAAGGCAAUUUUGGCUUUAGCAAGAGUUGGAGCAUCUGUAGAAGCAGUCGAUAAGGACGGUCUAAGUGCGCUUCAUUGUGCAGCUUCUAGAGGGCAUACAGACUGUAUAGACACGUUACUUACCCUUUGCGGAGCUACAACAGACUUUAUAGACAGCAAUGGUUGCACAGCACUACAUUACGCCGUCACAUUAGGUCACGCUGACGCAACAGCACUUCUUCUAACACACGGAGCUGAUCCAAAUCGACAAGAUCGAAAAGGUCGAAGUCCAGCCCAUUGUGGAUGUGCCAAAGGACAAUUUGAAACAGUGAAACUUUUAGCAAACCACAAUGGAAACUUAUGGUUGAAGAACAUUAAAGGCGAUUAUCCUCUCCAUGACGCUGCUUCGUCUGGUCGCAGGGAAUUGGUAAAAUGGCUAUUGGAUACAAGACCUAGUCAAGUAAACGCUAAAAACAACGACGGCCGAACACCCUUGCAUCUCGCAGCUCUCAACGAUAACGCGGAUAUGUGUAAGAUUCUACUCGAUGCGGGUGCUGAUAUAAAUCCUGUACUUAAAACAACGAAGAAUGUAUUUAUGACCCCAUUGGAUUGUGCUCUACAAAGAGGUUUCCGUUCCACAGCCAAGUUUCUCCAACUGCACGGAGGUGUACCAGCUACCAGAAUGAUCGGCAUGAAACAAAGGAAGUCCUCCAGCGGAGUGAGUUUACAAAUAAGAGACGACAUCACCCUAUGUAGUAACUCAAGUAGCGAAACGGAAAAUCAACCAAGUAAAAAUAGACGAAAAAAAAAGAACAGUUUUAGAAGAAAGUUGGCGUAUAAAUAUGAGCGAAUGAAAUCGUCAGUAUCCGAUAGUGAAUAUGAAGAAAGAAGACAAACAAAAACGUAUUCUGAUAAUCUUAAACAUGAUGAUAACGAAGCUAAUAGAGAAAAUAACGACCCAUUCAUACAACAAAAUGUCGACUAUCAACAUUUAAAUAAAGGCCAUGGUAGUGAAAUAUUUAUAUAUGCCAACGAAGUGAAUAUCAACGAUAAUAACAGUGACGUUAGAAUACAACAAAAUGGGGAAAUUGUAGUUAAACAUAAAGAACCGAUGGAUACAAAAAUAGAAGAGCCUGAGUUAAAUCCAACCCGUCCCAAGAGUUCGAAAGUUGUUGAAGAACAAAAAAUAGAUCUGAAUGUUAACACCGAUAAUGUAAAUAUUGAGGCUCAUAAAGAAAGCACAGAUAAUUUAAAAACCGUAAGUACUACAUACAAACAAGAAGCUAGUAAAAUAGUAGUGUCUGAUGAACAUUCAAUAAUGUCAAAUACAAGUCAUGAAGAUGAUCAGCAUAAUCAAUUAAUCGUUGAAGCUUCCAUUCAUUCUCCGCCGAGGACUAAAUUGGAAAAAAAAUCAGAUGAUGACGAUCAAAUUUCAAAAGAAACUGUAGAUGAAAUAGUUAAAACCGAAGAUGUCACGAGUCAUACUGAUGAUGCUAAAGCUGAUCAAAUCGAACAACCAAAGGACAUUAAGGCAGAAAUACCAGAAUCCAGUAAUAGAGAAGAAAAUGUUGCAUUAGAGAAUGAGUUACGUACUUCUCUGGAUAGAUCCCAAUCAAUUCCAAAGCCCGACGAACAGGAAAUAUCUGAAAGUCUUGAACAGGAAAAAAUGAGUAUUAAGGAGCCAAUUCACACUGCAGCACCAGUUACUAGGAAGUUAUCUCAAGAGGAGAAGAGUUUAGGAAAGGAAAUAGAGGAAAAUCAUACUGAAACUAAAAGUCCGGGAGAAAUAGGUAAUUUACAGGAGCAAACGUCGACAACGAAAAUAAAAACGCAAGAACAGGAAGCAGAAGAUCUUAAAAAGCAAAUCAGUACAAUAAAUGAAGUAGAACAUGCAGUUGAUAAGGAAACACGAAAAUCAAAUCUUAAAAAUAAGCAAAAGCGCGAACUUACAGGCAAAAAGAAAGAAUCACACAUGGAUAGUAAAAGCUAUGUAAGAGAGCAAACUCAGGAAGAGCCCAAGGAAACUUUAAGAAUCGAUCUAAAAAAACAUAUGAAGCCCAAACUUCAGAGAUCUAAAAGUCAAGUAGGUAAUUCGAAGGAUAUUUCAAACAGUUCGGAAAUUUCAGAACCGGAAAUGCGUCCUCGAAGUUCAUCUGCUAGUACUAGCGAAAGUAUAAGUAGUGUUCACCAAAGUUUUAAAGUUCUUGAUGGCACUAGUAUUGACGACGCUUACGAAAGCCAAGAAACUAGAAGGAAAAGGUCUUCCCGAAAAAAGGUCCCAUUAGACAGAGGAAGGUCUCGAUCAGAAGAAAUGAAACACACCAAAAUAUAUUUUCAAGAUUCUGAAAACUUUAUGCCCAAGAAAACACGAAUUCCAAUGUCAGUUUCUCACUUGAAAACAUUAUCAAAAAGUGAAAGAAAUUUGGAUCGCCAUUCAGAUGUAAGCGGUGAUUCCCGAGUUCCAUCUUUACCAAAUAUAUAUGAUUCUGAAAAUAAAUCGCAGAGACAGUCAAGAUCGAUUUCCAAUAUGUCAGCACCAAUUUUUACUUCUGCUUACAGUGAUUAUGAUCAUGAAAGUGCUUCAGAACAGGAAGCCGCAUUAUCUAGUGCUUCCAAAAAGAAACGUUUUAGGAAAAAGAGUAAGAUACGAGGAGCGAAAAGUGCUGGAAGUGGUUACGACAGUAGCAAUCUGAUCGAUUCUGGCUUUGAACCAAGCCCAAGAAGUAGCCGACUUCCAAAGUGGAAAAACAUUUCUAAUAGGAGUGCUAAUAUGACUUCAGUAACUCAAAGUAUUCAGACCAACAUUCGGAGGUACCAUUUGGAACGCAAAAUUUUCCAGCAUCUUCUGGAUCUCAAACGACUUCAAAUUCGCUCUGGGCAACACAACGAAGCAGUUUUAGUCAAAAGAGCUAUCGACGCUUACCAUCAAUCAUGUGUGGCUACAGUUGGAGCUGGGAGGUACCUUUUAAAUGACUAUACGUUUAAAAGUUUCGAAAAGUUUUUAUACAACUCCUUGAGAAAAAUUCAACGUAACGGAUCAGAAUAUUUACGAGGACUUCCUGAAACUCCCAAAAAUCCCCUUUUGUGCACUCAGAGUACCCACAGAUGUGAUCAUGCAAUACACGCUUACACGGGAAUACCCUGCGCUGCAUAUCUUCCAAAAAUGGAUCAUCACACGAUUCCCAAAAUUGGCUUUGAAUGUAAGCCGCAAGGUUUCUUGCCUAAAAUUAAUCCAAGAAACGCCGUUACUUUAGAAUUAUGCCAUGGAAGUGACAAGCAAAUAAUUUCAUUGCCGGCUGAACGUCUUGAUCAAAACAAGCGCUACUACGUUACAUUUACCGUAAAAGGACAGGAUAGAAAAACCAAAACAAAGGAAGACGCCAACCAAGACGAUGAUGGACAUCAGCAUUCUAAAAGUAUUUAGUACUAAGUGUAGUAAGUAGUACUUUCUAUAAAUAUAAAUUACCUAGAUAUUUAACAAAUUGCGAUGCUUGUCCGAUUGAUGUGGAAUGUGGAAUAAAUAAGUGACUAAUUCGAUGAAAUAGACUGACGCUGGUCCUUAGGAAUUAAGCUUUUGAAUAGUAUUUUAUAAAACAAUAUGAAAAAAAUAAAAAAAAUUAGGUAGGUGAUAAUAAUAUUGGCACAAUCCUAAUUUCGGAGAUAAUUGAUAAUUUCACUUUACGUAAAAAUAGAAACGGAAAUUGAACUAUGAGCCAAGAUGUUCAGUGAUCCCUCUUUUGAUAAAUUGUAACAAAUCGGUAUCCACAUUAAACAGUACCCCAGGUUAAGGGUGUUGUUAAAUGCUCUUAGAACAAAUAAUAAAUAAACGAAUUAAGAUCUUGGUCAGUAAUACAAGUAUAUCGAAACUAGCACACGUGGAUAGCAAUUUCGAUUGCCUUUUUGGGUUUUCACUUUGGAGUUUUAUUUCGUUCUUAAGGACGUUCGAUAUCCCGAAAGCAUCUACCAUUUAGUUUAUACAAAAGGAGAAGCAUGACACCCGUGUGACCUAUUGCGUUAAUUAAAUUUAGGUGGUUCUGUUGUUUCUUUUAUCUAUUUACUCCCCUUCUUAUUUCUUUUAUCCGUCUACUGAUUCACAUAUAUAGUAAUUCACACCAUUUUUGAUUUUCCUUUAAUUAACAACUUCUUCAAAUAUUAACUUGUUUUCAAAUAGCAAAAUUGUCGCUACUGUACAAUAUACAGGACUUCACAUCGUGGGUAAAAGUUGUUGUAAGAAAUAAAUACGGUCGCGUAAUAAAACGUCUUGCAACUAUUACUAUUUGCUAUCCGCUAAUUAAUCUUGAACGACACUAUCAUUAUUAAUUAGUCAGUCGUUCAGUACUACAUCGCACACUUUGUCGUUUCCUCGCUCUUCUUACUUCACCUCACGUUGGUGGGUAGGGCCGAAGGCCUUCCUCAGCCUCCUUCAAGGAAUCGUGAGAAUGGCUGAGUGGUGGUUAGGCUGAAAAAAAUGGCAUGGGCGAAAUGAAAACAGAAGAGAGUGAUAGAGUAUCUGUGAAAUAUUUCUGCUGCAACAUUUACCUAAGUGAUCCAAGAAAACCACAGAAAAACUUGGACCACAACCAGACUGACCUUGAACAAAGUUAACUCGAAGUUCCUGCGUUGGUUGGAAUGCAAUUCUAUAUGGAGUACCAUUCGGCUAAUACAACUAUUGACAAGCUUAUCGGCAUCGGUGUGUGCUUCCUGAGUAAGUAUCGCGUAUGCUUUGGGUCACUUGUCAAUGUUACUAAGACCGAUUACCAGAAUCUGUCAUUAAGAAUGGCCCUAUUAAGUCGACUGCGAUUCUCUCAAAUGACGCUCACACAUGGUAUUUAUUGGCAGACUAUGUCGGGCAUAUCUUACACCAGUCUUCCACGCCGCUUCUAUUUCGGAGUCGGUAAAAUCGCUUGCGUACCUUCCCUGGAGUUUUCAUAACGCCGAAAUAUCCUUCGCUAAGUAUUUCUUCUAAGAAUUCUGACCCUAUUUUUUUCAGAAAUACCACACACCUCAUUCUUCGACCAAAUACUUUCCUACUUCAGGUCUUAAUUAAUUAAUUAUCUUCCAGGUUGAAUGGUGGUUGGAUUACAAUUCUUCUUUCUUCUUCGCAGAUGAACAAGGUUUGCAGUCUUCCACUCAAAAUCUCCGAUAUUGGCAUUUGCAGUACCAGUUCUUUGCCUGGUUGAUGUUCGAUAUUGAACUCGUAUUCAUGUAGUCACUGCAGACCUCAUAAAAUCCGCCCUUCCAUCGGAAUAGCAUGCGUUUUUAGGAGCAUUCCUUAGUUGGGUGCCCAAUUCUUCCACAAUUCCAGCACUCGAACAGUCACUGUAAUUAUUACACUCUUGAUCAUAAUGAAAGGAUAGAAUGCAGGUGCGUGUCCAAUCAGUCUUAGGACUGACGACUUUAUGAUGAUAAUGAUCAAAAUGACCAACAUUUCCAAUAUUUUGGAUUUCGUUCCACCGUGUCAUUAGCAGUGACUUGCUUCACACCAAUUAAGCAUUCUUUGAUGAGUCAUGUGAUUCCUUCCCCUGUACUUGUACUGUCGGCGACUUCCGAAGUGGCCAUAGGUGACCCUUGCAAACCUGCUUCGCCACUUUAAACUCUAAAGCAUCUGAUAAUGUUUCACUUGAAGUCUAGUGGCGUGCUAAUUUAAAGACUUGCUGAAGUUCGACUUCUUUAACUGCAUCGAUACUAUCAGUGGGUCUAUGAAUCCUUGAGGAGCAGAGGGGUAUGCUAACAUUACAAGCUACUCCACAUCGGACUCAAAUUAUUAAAGAGUCUGAUUACUUCCUUCAAUGAUUACAGCUUUUCAGUUGCACCUGAGUGACUGUUAUAGAUGUUUACAUGCCGUACGUCGAAUUCGUUCUCACUUUGAGGGCUUUCCAAUUAUAUAUAACUUGAUAGGAUUUCUUGCAGCCGGUGUAAACAUCCAGAAAAUUCUAUGAAAUUUUUCAAUCACGUCCGACUCUUCCUUCGAUUUACAAGAGCUUUCUACCGAUAUAUGGUUUGUUGGUGUUAUUCGCGAUCGGUAGACACUUCCAGAAAUUUAGCCGAUGGAAAGUUCUGGAAUAUUCGAUGAAAAUCUUCAAAGCUUCGUCUUUCUAUCCUCUAGCUGGGUUUUUUCGCAUUAAAUACGUGAGUGUUGCAAAAUUAAAAUUGAUAACAAUGUAAUAUAAAAAAAAUAC